CUCACUUUAUAGGCUGGAGGUCAAGAACAGAAAAUUUGUUUUUUCUUUUCUUGUAGCAGGUUUCUGUCAUAGAGCGUUAAUUCACAGAAUAUUUUGCGGCACGAAAAAAUUCUGUAAAUUUUCUUUAAAUUUACAGCGAUUUUUUUACAGUGUGUAUUUCCAUUUUCGUGAGCAGCCCAUGAAACAACCAUUCCGGAUCCGGCGCGCGCAGGCCUGCGGCGCCGAGAAAAGAAGGAAGACGACGACUACGAAACAUGAAGUCGCGGUUCGUUCCGGCGGUCGCGUCCGCCCUCUGCCUGGCCUUCCUGUGCCAGCAGGCCGCGGUCACCUCCGCGGACGUCGACGACGCUGCCGCCAAAGGCGUACGACCGUCGCGUCGCGUCAAGGUCCAGCUCUUCUACGAGACCCACUGCCCGUACAGCCAGAAGUUCAUCACGAAGCAGCUGUGGCCGACCUAUCUGCGACUAAGCGACCGACUCAUUGUCCGCCUGGUUCCAUACGGCAUGGCCCAGAGGAGAGAGGCCGUGGGCGCCGAUGGGCGCAAGACGACCGAGAUCACGUGUCAGCACGGCCGCCACGAGUGCGUCGCCAACAUGAUCCAGGCGUGCGCCGUGGCGCUCUUCAAGGGCACCUACCAGCUGCUCGCGUUCGUCGCCUGCAUGGAGUCCUCGACGACGCCCCACCGCGUGGUGAAGUCGUGCUCGUCGCGAGUCGGCGUCAACUGGUCGGCGCUCGAACGCUGCGCGUCUUCCCGGUGGGGACCCCGGCUCCUGCUGAAGAUGGGCCACAAGACGGCGUCCCACCGGCCGGCGGUGCCGUACGUCCCGUUCGUCGUGGUCAACGGGAGGCAGGACGACGACGUGCAAGGCAAGGCGACCUCGGACUUUUUCGGACUGGUCUGUUCUAUGCUCGACGAGCCCGUGCCGCCCGCUUGCGUCUUGUCGGGGCAGACGUCGGAGCAGCCGGAGGUCGCCACGGUUUCUACGGGAAUGCUCGAGCUGCGAGGGAUGAGCGUCGAGGUAGAGGCGUGGACGGCGGCGAGUAUGAACGAGACCGCUACGAAACGGAUAUGAAUGGGGAGAGCGACGCGAACAAGUCGUGUGUUUUCUUGCAUUCA